AUGUCUUUUGAGCAAGAUCGUCGUAGUAUCUAUGAAAGACGACGGAACAUUCUCUAUCUGGUGGCGAACUAUUUGUCAUCAAUGGGCCUUCAUCAAACGCGCCAGAUGCUGAUCGACGAAACCCAUCUAACAUCCGAGUACGAGGUGUGCGACAACAUCGAUCUGGAUACAAUCUAUCAGGAUUUUUGCAGCUAUUUUCUGCUGAAGUUCGGGAAACAGCCUCGCAUCGUAAAACGUACAGAAUCGGUUGGGCUGCUUCCGUCGGUACAGAGGAAGUAUUCUGGUGCACGCCGGAAAACACCAGCGCCGAUUGGAUUGAAGCCAGACGGUAAGGACCCUCUGCUCUCACUUACCUCAACCGGCGAAGAACUGCAAAACAUGCUCCGCGUUAUACCCGGGAAUCAAGCCCAUGCCACCGAGCCCGCUGAAGGACAUCCAGCCGUUCCGGCAGCUAAUCCGAAAUUGCUGGUGCGUUUACAGGAUCACUUCACCAGCGAAUGGAAGGACCUUGCGGAGGAAGUCUGUCGGGAUUUAAUCCGCAAGGACCUACGUCAACGCUGGGAGAGCAUCAAAGGCCUACCCGGCCCAAUCAAGGUGCUGAAGGAGAGUGUGAUCGCGCCCCUCGAGCAUCCGGAGUUGUUCGUCGGAUUGGCACAACCUUGGCGGUGCGUGUUACUGCACGGUGCCCCCGGGACCGGGAAGACGCUUCUCGCAAGGACGCUCUGCUCGGAGACGCGCGAAUCGGUCACCUUCUUCAGCACCACCGCAAGCACACUUAUCUCCAAGUGGCGCGGCGAGUCGGAAAAGCUAAUCCGCAUCUUGUACGAGGUGGCUAAAUUUUACGCCCCAUCCAUCAUCUUUAUCGACGAGUUCGACAGUUUAGCAUCGCGGCGUGAUACCAUACGCGAGCAUGAAGCAUCUAAGCGCUUCAAAAACGAGUUCCUUUCCCUCAUCGAUGGGUUAGAAAGUGCCGCGGCCAAUGAAGCGAACGGUGGCGAAGGACGGGAGCGAGUGUUUUUGCUGGCCAGCACCAACCUUCCCUGGGAAAUUGACCCAGCAUUUCUACGGCGGUUCGAACGAAAGAUUCUAGUCGAUCUUCCGACGGCCGAUGGACGGAAGGAGCUGAUCGAGCACCUUUUGCCCACUGUUAAAUCUUGGCCGGAGCAAGAAAUCCAACAGAUUAUCACUCUCUCGGAAGGAUGGACCGGAGAUGAGGUGCGGCUGGCGUGCAAAGAAGCAUCGAUGAUGUUGCUCAGGGACAAACUUAACGAUCGACGUCCCGUGGGCUCGGGCAAGCUUGAACGAGAAGAAGAGCUACACUUCCCCAUGCUCUGUAAAGCGUUUGAGCAGCAACGUCCCGGUUGUGUGGAGCUAGCCCAGAAACACCGUGAAUGGAAUCAACGCUACGGAACGCAAUUGUUUGAUUAG